AUGUUGUUUUUGUUCAGAGGUCUGAAUUCUGGAGCUGUAAUUGUAACAACACCUCAAUCUGUUGCAAUUGAAGACGAAUGCACAAAUAUUUUCUCAAAAGGAGGAGGAGAACUUCUUUCCAAACACGCUGAAGUCCCAUUUUUAGGAGCUAUUCCAAUCGAUCCACUAUUCAGAGAUAGGAAACAGUCUGAUGACAAUUCUCCUUCUAUAUCAGCUUUGCAAUCCAUUGUUUCACAGGAUUCCGUUCCAGCUCACAAGGCCAGGUCAUCUCAGCAGUGGCUGCAAAAAAACAUUCCAGAGGUCAUCCCUGCCUCGGAUUGGUCAUCAGGAAGCCCUGUUCUUAACUCACCAAAUUACCUGCUUUGGUCUGAACUGGAGAGGAUGGCAUGCCAUAGAGCACACCCUAACUUGGAAAGUGACAGAUAUGACUACUGUACUAAAUUAGCUGCAGUACAUCCCAUUAGUAAGCCAAUUUUGUGCUCAUUUGCCGAAAACCGGGAAGAAUUUGAAUUUCUCAAGAAAAUUACUGUUGCCGCUGUGUGUGUUUAUCCCUCCAGAGUUGAAGAUGCUGUAAAACAGCUGAAACUACUUGACUCACCUUUGCCAGUAGCUUCUGUGGCUACCGGUUUUCCAAGUGGUCAGUAUCCUCUCACAACCAGGGUCGAUGAAGUUUCAUUUUGUGUUCAAAAUGGUGCUUCAGAAGUAGAUAUUGUUAUUGAUAGGAGUCUUGUUUUAUCUGGAAGAUGGGGUGAACUUCAUGAAGAGGUUCACAAAAUGAAAGAAGCCUGUGGUGAAGCACAUUUGAAAGCAAUACUGGCUGUAGGAGAAUGUGGAUCGCCUGAUAAUAUUUAUAAAGCAUCAAUGGCAUGCAUGAUGGCUGGUGCUGACUUCAUCAAGACAUCGACAGGUAAAGAGGUUAUUAAUGCAAACUUACCAGCUGGACUUGUUAUGUGUCGUGCAAUUAGAGACUUCUAUAGGAAAACCAAUGCUAAGGUGAGCUACUUACUUGGAUAUUUCUAUUAA